CACCCACACAGAGUCUUGACGCCGCAAAUGCCGAACUCACGGAACCCACUCUCUCAAGAGAAGAGACAGCAAAGGGACAGAAGGGUGGAAAGGAAACAGCUCGGGGCAACGCGGACAGCAGGAGACAGGAGCGACGGCAAAACAAACAGAAGCAACGGGGCAGAUGUCUCGCACACCACCAUACAAAUGCUCAGCAUCGGGGGCAGAGCAGUUUCGGCGCGGGGAACAAGCUUCUUGCUUGGGGAAGAAACGUGUGAGCCCUCGUAUGAAAAAUGCCAUAGUGCUGCCGUUGGGAAUUCUUGUGUGACAUACGAGACAGUCCCCCUUGAGGACAGCGACACUGACUCUGUGACCCGGGAGAAACAAGAAUAUGACACGUUGUAUCAAAAAACACUGCCUGCCCCCACUGGUCGAUAAGGCGGGAAAGCGGAAGCCCAAGAAGCGAGCUGUGCAAGUCAUGGUAGUUGCGUCGUGUACAAGACACUUAACCCAGGGGACAGCGACUGUGACUCUGUCACUCAUAAAAACAAUCAUCAGUAUCAAGAGCCUGACAAUAUCGACACUGGUGUCUUAGAAACAGGUCGUCUUGUCGACUGGGCCGCAAUUAGCGACAGUGGCAAUCCUGAAGACAAGGUAAAUAGUUUGCCGAGUGAUGAAUCUGGCAAAGGGAUGGUGGAUAAUCCAGUAUACGGACCGUACGUCGAGAAAUCUAGCAAAUACUAAAAUAAUGGUCCAAAGCUUAAAAAAAAAUUAGGUAGGAAUUUGGUCGUGGGUAGCCUAGACAUUACUGUAGAAGGGUUCGACUACCGAUGAAAUGAGCAGCCUGGACCGAUUAGUAGCACAGUGUUAACUAACCCUUGUACAAUUGACUUCAGUAGUUCUUUCCCAUCUGUUUAGUAUUGUUUCUAGUUCAGAUCUCGAUGAUGUUCCUUGUAAUCUUUACCCCUGUUGCUUAUUUGCAACGAGAAUGGUUGAAUACCACAAAGCCUGUCUCUAAUAAAGUAAUUUUUAGUUCGUCUGAUGUUUGUAAUAAUACUUCGGAGUCAAGUCAACCCAGUAUCACA